AUGCGCCCAGACUUGACCUUUGGCCCGCCGGGCGACGAGUGGCACUACGAGCGACCAUCGCGAACCUAUGAUCUCACCAGGGGCCAGUCACCGACUUGGACGGUCCGCACGAGCCAAGGGCCCGAGGAGACGUCCAUCUCGGUGGCUGCCCACAGCACGGCUCUCGUCAUUGUCGACAUGCAGAACUACUUCCUGCACCCGAAGUGUCGAGACCACCCCACUGGUCUGGCCGCGGUGGAGAGAAUCGAGAAGGUCAUUGAGAAAUGCCGCAAAUUAGAUGUCCAGGUAAUCUGGCUAAAUUGGGGCCUGACCGACGAUGACCUCGCGGCAAUACCUGCUAGCGUCCAACACGGCUUCUCUCGGUCGCUCAUCCUCGGGGAGUCGGACGACAAGGUGGUUCGCCUCGGCCUCGGCGGGGACCUCGGCGACGGCCAGGGGCGGUGCCUUGUCGCCGGGGAGUGGAACGCCGACAUCUACGAGCCGCUGAAGCGGAGCGCCCGCCCGGAGGACGUGCGCUGCAACAAGAACCGCAUAUCAGGCAUGUGGAGCCGGGAACAGCCGCUGCGGAGGUACCUGGAGAGGUCCGGGGCCGCCGCCGAGGGGGGCAAGCGCACGCUGCUCUUCGCCGGCGUCAACACGGACCAGUGCGUCCUGAGCACGCUGACGGAUGCCUACAACGCCGGGUGGGACUGCGUCAUGAUCGAGGACUGCUGCGCGACCAAGUCGCCCGGGGCCCAGGAGGUAUGUCUGUAUAAUGUCGCCGGCUCGUACGGGUUUGUCAUCUCUAGCGAGACCUUUCUCGCAGGGAGGGUCUCGUAAGAGGUCUUGUGAGAGGGGUUCACGAAAGUCCCUUUCAUUCAACACGGUAUCAGCCCAACCCGCGUCGUACUUCUGCAGAGUGGUCUGCCGGUGACUUAACCCGAUACGCCAGUGGCUGCCCCCCCCUAGUGUGAGCGUAAUCCCUGACGGUGGAUGGGAGGCGCAGACCGGACUGCUAGAAGAGGCCGGGAAGACGCUCUUGUCGCGAUACGAGACAGCGGGCCAAUAGACGAACGCGUGGGUUUGGGGGGUGGUUACGAAUUAUCUUUCCGGGAGGCGCUCCAGUCAGCACGAUUUUGACGCACGU